AUGGACAAAAUAUUCCGCAUGUUCCACAAAAAGAACGAUUCUAACCAGGUCCUGAACAGAAGUACUUAUUCCCUUGUGUCUUGUGGAGAUCUCACUGCAGAUACCUUGCAGUCAUGGAUGGAGUUACCCGAUGAAGUAAAACGAGAUCCAUCUAUGGAACAAAUUAGAAAAAAGUUGGAAGAAAUUGAAAACAACUCAAAAAAUGGUGUACAGUACAAAACAAGAGAAGUGGCACAUUCCGAACCUGACAUCAGGAAAGCUGAUGAUGUGCGAUACAUUGAUGAUGUAUCGUUUACUGAUAAAGUUGUUGAUGAAGGCAUUGAAGGUGAUGAAAGAUCGGUACAUGGUUCACCUCAUAUAAAAGAAGACAAGCAUCCGCAGUUAAAAAAAGCUAAGUACUACACUAAAAUGACAAUACUUCUUGGCUGUUGGGUGUUUUUCACAGCAGUGUUCUUAAUGUAUAACGAGAAAAAGGAGUUAUUCAAAAACUCAGCCGUCAGUCAAAGUGUGGAGAAAAGUUUUCCUGUCGACACAACAAAAAGCACAUCUGUUGAAGUGAAACUUUUAGGACCAUUUCUGACAGAACAAUCAGAAAACAACCUUGAUUCUAAUAUUAGCUUAAACUCUUCGAAGUUAUAUGUUUGGAUGGAGAGUUUCCACGACAAUACUACAGUUGAUGAGGUAUCAAAACUGUGGGAAAUAACACUACAACCAAAUUUAGACUUCUAUGAAGGGGAGCUUCGUAUCAAAACAUUCUUUGUUGAACAAAAUUUAAAUUAUACUGUGCGCAUGCGCACAAAUGAGAAGCAAAUUGUACCAUUCACUAUAAGUUUCACGAAAGACCCGCUAGAUGUCGCCACUGGUGUGAUAUAUGCUGUGAUUUUACUUUGUGGAUUGUAUGUGUUGAUCAUUUUUGAGGUUAUAAACAGAACAAUGGCAGCAAUAACAGUAUCGACAAGCUCUUUAGCUGCUCUGGCUUUAGUUGGUGAGAGACCAACCCUCAUGGAGCUGAUAAGUUGGUUGGAUGUGGAAACGCUCCUCUUACUCUUCAGCAUGAUGAUCCUCGUCUCUAUAAUGGCGGAGACAGGACUAUUCGAUUAUUUAGCAGUGUUUACUUUUGAAGUAACCAAAGGAAGGCUUUGGCCUUUGAUUUACUUACUAUGUAUUAUAACAGCAGUUCUCUCAACAUUUCUCGACAACGUGACAACUGUUCUCUUAAUGUCUCCCGUCACUAUCAGAUUAUGUGAGGUGAUGGAUCUAGAUCCCGUGCCAAUAUUAAUGUUUAUGGCUAUAUACAGCAACGUCGGCGGUACAGCGACCCCUGUUGGUGACCCGCCUAAUGUCAUUGUAGCUUCUAACAAAGCUGUUAUACAAGCUGGUAUUAAUUUCACAAACUUCACAGCACACAUGUCGCUGGGUAUUCUAGUAGUGGUUAUACAGACGACAUUGCAAAUCAGAUUUAUGUAUAGAGACACAAGUAAACUACGACAGAGAGUUCCUCGAGAUAUACAAGAUCUUCGUCAUCAAAUAUCAAUAUGGCGGCGAGCUGCCGAUUCAUUACCACAUCUAAGUAAAGGAGUAAACAUUGUAAGAGAAAGACUGGAAAGAAAAAUAGCUAAAUUAACACUUAAAUUGGAAAAAAUGAUUAAGGAAAGCAGCAAACGAGCUUGUCCAAAGGAUACUUUUAGAAGUACUUUGGUCGAACUGAAAAAUAAGUAUAAAAUAAGGGACAAGAUGUUAUUAAUUAAAUCAACAGUGGCAAUAGCAUUCGUCGUCACAGUGUUCUUUCUUCACUCUAUACCUGAAUUAAAUCGUGUAUCACUCGGAUGGACAGCUCUGUUGGGAGCUAUCCUGCUUCUAACGUUGGCGGAUAGAGAGGACCUCGAGCCGAUAUUGCACCGAGUUGAAUGGUCUACGUUGUUGUUCUUUGCCGCUUUAUUCGUUUUGAUGGAGGCAUUAUCAAAACUCGGUCUUAUAUUAUAUGUCGGAGGCUUGAUGGAGAAAUUGAUUUUGAAAGUGGACGAAAGUGCUCGAUUGGGAGUUGCCUUGAUGCUGAUAUUAUGGAUAUCCGGCACAAUAUCAGCAUUCGUAGACAACAUACCAUUGACCACCAUGAUGGUGAGGGUGGUGGUCUCCAUCGGCUCCAACCCCGCCUUGAACCUCCCCAUGGCUCCUUUAAUCUGGUCCCUCCUAUUUGGUGCCUGCUUAGGAGGUAACGGCACCCUAAUCGGCGCGAGCGCGAACGUGGUGUGCGCCGGAGUCGCCGAGCAGCACGGCUAUAGGUUCACUUUCAUGCAGUUCUUUAGAAUCGGUUUUCCUAUUAUGGUUGGACAUUUGAUUGUUGCUUCUGUUUACUUAUUGGUCUGUCAUUGUGUAUUUUCAUGGCAC